AUGGUUCCUAAGGGAGGAACCCAUUUGUGGUUCCAGGAUACAACACUGACAGUGUCUGGCACACUGUCAAGUAUUUGUGUUCCUGCAACAGUCCAGUACACCAAGGAAAGGGGUUACGAUAUCAGGCCUGGAGACAUUGUGAAUGUACUCUGUGGACCAGAGUAUCAGAGGAAAGGGGUCAUGACAAACGUUGACUUUCCCAAUGGUCGCUUGACCCUGAUAUCUGACAUUGACUUCUCCCUUAUCAGUGUACAAAUCAAAUUCAUGGAGAAAAUACACAACAUCAACUUGGAUUCCUUUAAAACGGAUAUUGGCCAAGAAGUUUUCAUUAUUGGGGGUGACUGGAAGGGGUAUGGAAUAAGGUUAAAUGGUGCAAUACUCAAAGGCCCUGAGUUAGCUUCAUUUUGUGAAAUGCAUCAUAAAUCUUACUUGGCGCCACCCCCUCAAAGCACCACCCCACCUGUGGAAAAAGUUCCCACCAGCUCUUCAGUUUCUAUCGCAGAUCUGAUCCCAUCAUCAUCUAACGUAUGGUCCAGCUGGUCGGCAAGCAUUGACAAUAUUGAUAUGGUGCAUGACCCUGUUAAUCCAAUUUCAUCAACAUCCAACCCCUGGGCUGUCAAUCUGCAGGAUAGCAUCAAUAACAUACAUGAGAAUUCUCAAGACAUGGGCUCACUACCUUGGUUGAUGACCAAGGAGUUUGCUUCAACAUUUUUGACAUACCAUGCAGUGUUGAAGGUCUCACUGAGUUUCUUGGGAGGCAGGUUAUACAAACGAUUUGUAUUGACAGCUUGUCCUGAUCCCUUCUGUGGUGACAAUGGACCUGCGCCGGAGGGUUGCAUCACAGCAUUUUGCACCUCUAACAGUGCAGGUGCUCAAAUUGUACACUAUCACAUCCCCUCCAAGGAUUUGAGCCAGCUCCUCCAUGCAAGAAACAGCAAGAAGUCCUUGUUCUGGAUGGAGAUCAUCACGGGCAUAUCUUAA